GUAAUGCUUAUGUUUUCUGUUUCAGCCGAGCGCGCCUUGGACACCAUGAACUUUGACGUGAUCAAGGGCCGGCCCCUCCGCAUCAUGUGGUCCCAGCGAGACCCGUCACUGCGCAAGAGCGGUGUGGGAAACAUCUUCAUCAAGAACCUGGACAAGUCCAUCGACAACAAGGCCCUCUACGACACGUUCUCUGCCUUCGGCAACAUUCUGUCCUGCAAGGUGGUUUGCGAUGAGAACGGCUCUAAAGGAUACGGCUUUGUGCACUUUGAGACCCAUGAGGCCGCAGAAAGAGCCAUUGAGAAAAUGAACGGCAUGUUGCUCAAUGACCGCAAAGUGUUCGUCGGUCGCUUCAAGUCUCGUAAGGAGCGUGAGGCAGAGAUGGGCGCUCGCGCCAAAGAGUUCACAAAUGUUUACAUCAAGAACUUCGGAGAAGAUAUGGAUGAUGAGAAGCUGAAGGAAGUUUUCAACAAAUUUG